AUGAGCAAAAAGUUCAAAUCUCAGGCCUCCAGCAGUCGCGCUGCUGCUAGUGCCUUUGGAUCAUUUGGAGGCUUCUCCAGUGGACUCUCCGGUCAAGGAAAAGAGCCGUCUGUGCUCACCUACAUUGCAGCACCACCAGAUCUUUCUCGCAUUGCGGACCAACACCUGGUCAUCGCAUUCAAAAAUUUGCUGAAAAAAGAUGAUAUCACACGAACAAAAGCCUUAGAAGAGCUGAGGGAUUACAUCUCUAAAGUCGAAGGAAACAGCGGAACUCUAGACGACGGGUUCCUGGACGCCUGGGUCAAAAUCUACCCUCGUCUCUCGAUUGAUCUUUCGCGCCGAGUUCGACAAAUCGCACACCCGAUCCAAGGUACAAUUUCUGGCCUUGUGGGAAAGCGCAUUGUGCCCAAUCUACCAAAAGUCAUCGGAGCAUGGCUUGCCGGAAUUUACGAUAAUGAUCGACCAGUCCAGCGAGCCGCCCUUGAAUCAUUUACCAAGGUCUUCUCAUCGGAAGAAAAAAGGAACAAUGUGUGGAAGAUCUACCAAGGCUCCAUUUUGGACUUUGUAGAUGAUGUCAUUCUUCACCAAACAGCCCUGACGUUGAGUGAUGAAAGGACAGUCAAGAGAGACGAUGCUGAAGGCAAGUACGCCCGCGUUGUUGGGGCCGCAAUUAUGCUAUUCAACCGGGUACUGGGGAAUUCGACCAAUGAAGAUCUGCAAAAGAACCUCACAGAGAUUGAGACUCUAUUAGGAAGCAGGUCUCUUUGGUCUCUCUGUUACCACGAUGACCCCUAUGUUCGUCGAUCUAUUUAUAUUCUGCUUCGAUCUGCUGUCUCUCGAGAACCUGGAUGGCUUGACUGGAAUACCCUGAGCUCAACAAUCAUUGGAAAAUCGUUGUCCCUUCAGCAGAUUGGAUCGGGCUCCGAAUUAUCUGAGUCUCUUCUUCUGUUGACAUCGUCAAGGCCUCAGGUGUGGACUGAUGAUUAUACUGGAAAAUCAUCUGCUUCGAAAAGACUGCGCCAGUAUAUUCAGAAAGGAUCCCAGGGUGGGCAUGGCAACUACUGGUCGAAUCUUGAUCAAUUGCUCCGAAUCAUUCCCCGGGAGGUACUGGCAGGUGCCGACAAGGCAACUGCUGAUGAAGGAAUUACAUCCACCAGUGCGACUGCCCUGACAGAGGCUUUGCAGGAAGGCCUUAACUCUAGAGAAGAGCCUCGCCAAAAUCUGGCCGUUGGAUGGAAAUCUUACAUCCAGAUCGGAACGUGGCUUGCAACUCUGAUCCCCGAAGAUCAAAGAUCCGAAUUUAUUGAAAGGAGACUUUCUCCCCUCGUGAUUAAUUACGUGCAAGCCAACCCAGAAUUGUCGCAGUGGUCUCUUCCUGCCCAAUCAGCCGAAGGAACCUGCGUCGGCUAUCUCUGCACCCUGGCUUCUACAAAACAGGAACAGGCAUUGCAGUCAUUGUGUGCGGCCCUUUCCGACGGUCUAUUAGAAGCUGUGAGGCUAUCAUCACCAGAACAAUCAAAGGAUUUCCGCGCUUCGCAAGACUCAAUAUGCGCCCAAUCAAAACGCCUAUUGGCCUUGCAAUCUGCCGUUCUCUCCCGGAUUGCAGAAACCGAAGUCGAACCUCAAGUCUCGGAGGUUUUCGAAAAAUCAAGUGCAGCCCUUCUUGAGGGUUGUCUGCAGGUUUUGCGCACCCGCAAUGGAAAACCAUAUGGAGCUGCGGCUGUUGUGGAGGAGUGUGUUCGCAGUAUGCCUUCUGUUGCCAAGAAGUCUUCAGAUCUUCUCAAGUUUGUUCGAAAAGAUGCACCAGAGCUUUUGGUCUCCCCAUCUGCUGAUCGCUUAAUUGCGAUCAUUCUGGCAUGUCGGGACUGGGACGGCUAUGCGUCCAGUUUCGAGAACAUUGUUGAGCAGGCGCUGGCUUUGGAGCCCGAGCAAUCAAACGUCCAUGUCCUUAAAAGCUUGCUCUCUUCUCUCGACUUUAAUGAAGUUGAUCACAAGGAAAAGCUCAACUCGCUCGUCGUGCGGGCUCUUGAUAAGGCUUGCCGAGGUAGUCAUGCCCAUUGGCCUAUCAUCACUGCUGUUCUACAGAACAAGUCAUCUCAUGGUGAAUUGAUGGACCAAAUAUUCUUGUCUCUGGUUGACGCCAUGUCUUCGCGUGAUAGAAUCUUUGAUGCUUUGCAUGGGCUUUCGCAUAUUGGGAAGACUGCUCCGUCAUCGGUUCGAGAAUUCCAGGCUGGACCUCGCGGUUCAAAAUUAGCGGGCAAACUGCUCUUCCUUGCAGAAUCCUCCGAGGAGGAAAUAUCAAGCGUAGCGGAGUCAUUGUUGAAGUCCUUGAAGGCAGCUGCCGCUGGCGAUACGAGUGCGAAGUCAAGCAUUGAGAUUCUUCAACAUGGUUUCACUAAUGUAAACGAAGAAUCAUUGUCGAUCGAAUCGCUUCUCGCUAUAGCAGACGAGCUUCUGCCAACUCUGACAGCCGGAGGGGCCACUGGCACAAUCAAGGAUAUCUUGCCCUCUCGUCGCACAUGGGAGGAAGCAUUGAGUCCUUUUCUCCAGCUUCCACCUCGCUCUUCUGCUACUGUCACGAGCCCUCUUGGUGGUAUCGUCCAUUUGGUUGAGCGAGAGCUAUCAGACUCUUUCAAGGCCUUGUGGCUUACCAUUCCCCGUGACUCGGAUCAUUGCUCUUCUGCGUUCCGUCUGGCAACCUUCACGAUCAGUAUCCUCUCAAACUCUGAGGUAGCGAAGCAUCUUGAGCAAGAAGAUCUGGAGACUUUGUUCCAAUUUCUCCCCUUGGCUGUUCAACUAAUUGAUGAUGACCUGAGCAUCGAGAGUUCCAAUGGUAUCUCAGGUCUCGAGUUAGCUGAUCAGCGCGAGGAAUACAUGGAAAUUGUCUUCAGCGGAAGAAGGGUGAUUGGCGGCUGGAUUCGGGCGAACGAGCCACUUGCCUCUGCGCCAGAUCUAACAGUUUCCUCUUUAUUCACGAAGUUCUGGGAGACCAAGUUGGAAAAGCUCAAGGGCACAUCACCCACGGACUGCCGGGUUGGCGAGGCCUUUGUGAAGAUUAUGACCGCAGUUGAUUCAUCGAAAUCUUCAGAUGAUAUUGCAAAGAUUUGCAGAGAAGCCCGGACAGCAAAUGCUAUCCGUUCAGCAUCCUGGUUUGCCGUAUUGAGGGGUCCUAUUCUUUCAAACCCAAUUGGGAACCGGAUUUGCAAUGAGUUGGUCGCAGAUUCUACUGGACUUAAGCACCAGGAUGCUUCUCUGGGUGGUCUGCAAAAGCUUGCACUCCUCAAUAUCCUCCUUUCUGGGGAGGAGGAGGUCGUCUCCACCAUUCCCACACAGCGACUUAUUUUCCUGACCAAGCACUUAAUCGAGUGUCUUCAAUCUGAACCUGUGCCUCUUGGUCUGAAGGCCGAAGUUAUUAAAACAUUGUCCUUUGUUCUUCCGGCUCUGGGUGAAAUUUAUGGAUCUCACUGGGAGGAAAGCAUGGAUAUUUUGAGCACUGUGUUCCGGGAAACUAACGGAGGUGACGAGGCUUUACCACUGCUUGUUUCGUCGUUCAGGCUAUUCUCGAAGUUGAAGUCCAUCUCAGAAGGUGACAGCAAUGAUGAUGCUCAGGACGCUUGGUCAGACCGAAAGACCAAGCUCUUUAAUGAUGUGGCGUCUACCAUUGACAAAUUUGACUCGUCUACUACAUUCCACCAGCCUCGUGACGUUGCCGUUGAACUACUGCGACGCCUGAUUACUACCAUUCCGAUUGAUAAACUGGAGGAUGUUAGUGAAACCUUCCACCUUCUGACUGCACACAGCCGAGCAGUUCAGCGGACAGCUUACACGAUUCUUCAUCGCUACAUCCCUCACUGCCAGGAGCAUGUCUCUUUUGAUGUCGCCUUAUCAAAGACUGCAGUCAGUCUUCCUGAUGAGCUAGUGUCUCUGCUGAUGGAGCCACCAACAAUGCAAAUGGUUUCUUCUGGUUAUGGAGACGACAAGAUGUGGACCACAAUGCGGUCAUACCUAUUGGCCUGGCAAGUGGUAUAUGACCACUUCUCGAACGCAUCGCUUCCCGUCCAGGAGUAUUACACAGGGAACUUAAAGGAAAACAAUGUUCUCAUUCCCCUGCUGGAGUUCACAUUCGAUUUCCUUCAGAAGUCCCACGGAAAGAUGAUCGAUGCGUCCAAGCUUGACAUUCGGUCAUUCGAGCCAGAUCAAUCCGAGUCCGCUGAGAAGGAAACACAAUGGCUCUUGGUCCAUCUCUACUACCAGUGCCUGAAAUAUUCGGCCAACAUGACCAAGAACUGGUGGAUCGACACCAAGAAGCGGAUCAAGGGACCAGUGGAGUCGUGGACGGAGAAAUACAUCUCCCCUCUCGUGGUCGAGGAUGCCCUCAAGGGUGUUACCGACUGGAUCGCAACCCAAGAUCCAAAUGAAGAGCGAGCUCUGGAUGUGAAAAUCUCAGCAAAGACAGGAGAAAUCAUCGCAUCCAUCCCCGUCGACGAAGAAUCCCCUCCAGUCGCCAUUUCCAUCUCCCUCCCUCCCGCAUACCCCCUCCAACCCGCCCUAGUCGUCGGUCGCAGCCGCGUACUCGUCGACGAGAAGAAGUGGAAGAGCUGGCUGCUCACGAUCCAAGGCGUGAUCAUGUUCGCUAACGGCAACCUGGUCGAUGGCCUGCUGGCCUUCCGACGGAACGUCCAGGGAGCCCUUAAGGGCCAGAGCGAGUGCGCGAUCUGUUACUCUGUUAUCUCGACGGAUAUGCAGACGCCCAACAAGCGAUGUGCCACUUGCAAGAACACUUUCCACUCGGUUUGUUUGUUCCGCUGGUUCAAGAGCAGUAACCAGAGUACUUGUCCACUGUGCCGAAACAACUUUGUUUAUGUAUAA